AUGGGUAGUCGUCAAAUCUGGCUGAUAAUAGUUUCAGUCUUGUUCACGGUGAGCUCCUCCACCGUAGAAGACAAAGGUACGGUGGUUGUGUACGGAAGAGCCGCCGUGGGAACAGUGGACGAAGACUUCAUCUGUGCCACUUUGGAUUGGUGGCCUCCUCAGAAAUGUGACUACGGCACUUGUGCUUGGGACCAUGCUUCGAUUCUCAAUCUGAACCUAAACAAUACUAUUCUCCAGAAUGCAAUCAAAGCAUUUGCUCCAUUGAAAAUAAGAAUAGGAGGAACAUUACAAGACUUGGUGAUAUAUGAGACACCAGAUUUGAAGCAACCUUGUCUUCCUUUCACCAAGAACUCUUCCAUUCUCUUUGGUUUCACUCAAGGAUGUCUGUCUAUGGGCCGAUGGGACGAGCUCAAUGCCUUCUUCCGCAGAACUGGAGCUAAAGUCAUCUUCGGGCUGAAUGCACUUUCUGGCCGUUCCAUCAAACCUAGCGGUGAAGCCAUAGGAGCCUGGGAUUACACCAAUGCUGAAUCAUUCAUCCGGUUUACAGCUCAGAAUAAUCACACCAUCAAUGGUUGGGAGCUAGGCAAUGAGCUGUGUGGAAGUGGUGUUGGUGCAAGAGUUGCAGCAAAUCAGUAUGCUAUAGACACGAUAGCUCUGCGAAACAUUGUGGACCAGGUUUUCAAAAAUGUAAGUCCCAUGCCGCUGGUGAUAGGCCCGGGUGGCUUCUUCGAUGCUGCUUGGUUCGCAGAAUACUUGAACAAAACAGCAAACUCUUUGGAUGCUACUACUCGCCACAUCUACGAUCUUGGUCCAGGAGUCGAUGAACAUCUGAUAGAAAAGAUUCUUGACCCUUCAUAUCUAGACCACGAGGCAACAACGUUUAGGAGCCUCAGAGACAUAAUAAAAAACUCCCCAACCAAGGCUGUGGCAUGGGUUGGUGAGUCUGGUGGUGCCUACAACAGCGGGCGUAACCUUGUCUCUAAUGCUUUUGUGUAUAGUUUCUGGUACCUGGACCAGCUUGGUAUGGCAUCGGUUUAUGAUACAAAAACAUACUGUAGACAGUCUCUGAUCGGAGGGAACUAUGGGCUGCUAAAUACUACUAAUUUCACACCCAAUCCAGACUAUUACAGUGCUCUGAUAUGGCGACAACUUAUGGGAAGAAAGGCAUUGUACACAAGCUUUUCCGGAACAAAAAAAAUACGUUCUUACACCCAUUGUGCAAGACAAUCGAAAGGGAUCACAGUUUUACUAAUGAACCUUGACAACACUACAACAAUUGAGGCUAAAGUAGAGUUAAAUAGCACGUCGUUCAGUCUGAGACAUACCAAGCACAGGAAGUCUAGUAAAAGAGUAAUUUCCCAGCUGCCUUGGGUUUCCAAUGGGGAAAUCCAAAGAGAAGAGUACCAUUUGACAGCAAAAGACGGAAAUUUACACAGUCAGACUAUGCUACUCAACGGAAAUAUUCUGCAGGUUAAUUCGAAAGGCGACAUACCUCCUCUGGAGCCAAUACUUGUAAAUUCAACAGAGCCAAUAACAGUAGCUCCGUAUUCCAUUGUCUUUGUGCAUAUGCGGAGUGUUGUUGUACCUGCAUGUACUUAG